AACCCUAUACACGACAUAACUAUAUCCGCAUCCGCUCACCCACUGGCACUAGCAAAACGCCUUCUUCUUCGAGACGACAACCACGGCGCCGCAGGACCUGCAGGUACGCCGCCGGUUGGUGGGGCACAUAGCCAUGGCGAGGCCGAGCGCGGGGUUGGCGACAGUGAGGCCAAUACGAAGGGCGCGGCCCUUGCGGGAGAGCUUGACGUCAUGCGCACAAACGACUUUCUCGUACUCGUCCGCUGGAGACGCGGGCGAGACGGGGGUCGGGGAGGCAACGGCCUUCUCGACGUACGGCGGAGGCGCGGUGGUGGGGAUCGCGAGCUGGGUCAUGUUGAACUGUGCUUCUGAGGAGGCGGGGACGAGGCAUGCAACAAUGGCUAUUAGUACACGAUCCACAUCGCACCGCCCCGUCACCGAUGCCCCCGAGAUAGUACGGCUUUCGCUGCAGAUCAGUUAGGAUCAUUGCAUCUCCGCCUGGAAUGUGAGAUGGCG